AGUCUCCUCUUUCUUCUUCUUCUUCUUCCCUGCUCUCUCUCCCUCAAUCUCCCCCUGAAUCUUGUAUCAAACCUCUCCAUCUUCAACAACCAUGUCGACCCAAUUGGAUCACGGCGGCGCUAAUCCCAACCCCGCCCAGCCGGAACCCACGACCCUGCCGGUGGGUGGAACCGAGUACAACAAGUGCAGAGUCGUCCCCGCCGCCACCGACAUCACGGUCCUAGCCCUUCUCCUCUCCAAACCCCAAAAAUACCAAUUCUCCAAAAUACCCUCCACAAGCUCUAGAACUCCCACCCAAUCCUCCGCUCCAUGCUCAACCUCGACGCUGCCACCAACACCUUCUCUUUCGUCGCCUCUCUGUCGCCUUACCUCUAGAUCCAGCAGUUCGAUCUCACCUCCACUGCCAAUAUUGUCACCAGAGCCGCUGCAAAAGAAAUCGAGAAGUUCUCCAUCCCCACUCACCUGCUGGUCAUCAAACACGAGACGAACAAGAACCCCUAGUCCAUGAAGCCAAACAUCGAUACCGCUACCGACGCCGAGUUUUUCUUUGUGACCUCUUACGCCCUGAGCGAGACGCAGUGGGUUUUGGCUUUCUGGCUGCCGGAAUAUAUGGAUUAUUUGGGG